AUGCCCAUGUGGUCGUCAGAAUCCAGUCCCAAGUCGCGCCGUGGGAUACUGAGAAGGGCCGUGUUCUCGGAGGAACAGCGGAAGGAGCUGGAGAGAACGUUCCGGAGGCAGAAGUACAUCAGCAAGACGGACCGGAACAAGCUAGCAGCUAGCCUCAGUCUCAAGGAGUCACAGGUGAAGAUCUGGUUUCAAAACCGGCGGAUGAAGUGGAGGAACUGCAGGGAGAAGGAGGUGCACAACAGCCGCUCCCCCAUGGAUGAGCUUAUGAGCCGGGGUCUUUCCCAGGAGGUGGAGGUCGAACCAGCACCGGAGGUCCCCCCAUCAGACGGAUCCCAACCGCACAAGGCUGGCAGAGACACAGCCGUUAUAGUGCAUGGAAAAUCAUAUAGGGAACCGGUGACUCUGGCAGAUCGCUCAAGUCCACACUAA